AUGCUGAACCACCUCCCAAAGACAGUAAAGGAAGGAACCCUGUUAGUAUCAUUCGAUGUGGUGAAUUUGUACACCAAUAUCCCACACGACUAUGGUAUAGAAGCGACCACCUUCUGGCUAGAAAAAUUCCCAGAAGAGAUCCCAGGACGCAUUAACCACAGAUUCAUAAUCGGAGCACUCAAAUUCAUCCUGCUGAACAACAAUUUCAUGUUCGAUACAGUUUACUAUCGACAAAAAUGUGGAAUUGCAAUGGGAAGCCAAGCUGCUCCAGUGAUUGCGAACCUUGUAAGUUAUAUCAAUCAUCACUACAAAAAUAUGACGCUCAUUUCAUUGCUGUUUAAAGGAGAACUGGGAGAGGUAUUUGGAUGA